UGUGGACAGUGGGGCGGGGGAGGAAAGGGGCCUCGCUGAGGGUGAAAGUCCCGCGGGGGCCGAGGGCGCGGCGGUGGGCGAUAAGGGCGUCCCGCCCGCCGGGAGGCAACGCCAGCCGUUCUCCGCCCGGGCCGCGUCUGGCCCGGCCCUCGGGCUGUGCCCUGCCCUGGCUCCCCCCUGCCCUCCGCCCUCAGGACGAGGGGCGCGCGGGGACAAUGAGUUCGGGGAGCGGUCAGGCCCCGGGGCCGCUCCUGCUGCUGCUGCUGCUACUGCUGCUGCUGCUGGCGCUGCCGCGGUGCGCGGCGCGGGUAAUUGUGAACAGAUCCAUUCCGGAUGUCUGUGCAACUUGCCACAUUCAUGCAACAUGCCAGCAAAGUGGAGGAAAAAGUGUUUGUAUCUGCAAUUAUGGAUUUGUAGGUAAUGGAAGAACCCAUUGUCAAGAUAAAGAUGAAUGUCAGAUUGGAGCAAGCAAGAUCUGUGGAAAUCAUACACUGUGUCAUAAUACACAUGGAAGUUUUUACUGCGUUUGCCUUGAUGGAUACCGAGCCUCCAAUAACAACAAGACAUUUAUUCCCAAUGAUGGCACAAACUGUACAGAUAUUGAUGAAUGUGAGGAGUCUGGGCUGUGUGGUCACAAUGCAAGAUGUGUGAAUACUGAAGGAAGCUACAUGUGUUACUGCAAUGAUGGUUAUAAAUUAGAAACUGGAGAACGUUCUUUUCAUCAAGAUGGAAACAUAGUUUCAUGCAAAGAAAUCAGAUGUGGUUCCCCUCCUGAAAUGAAGCAUGGCUACAUUGUGGGGAGCUCCAGCUUGCUACCAGGAAGUGCAGUUCAUUAUGAGUGUCAAGAAGGGUUUUACAGCAAUGAAGGGAAGUUCUCAUACUGCACUGCAAAUGAAACUUGGGAACCUGCCACUUUAAGCUGUAAAGGUGUGGACUGUGGGGCUCCACCUUCUGUUCUGAAUGCACGUCCAAUAUCUGCAAGUGGGACCACAUACAGAAGUGAAGUUACUUAUGAUUGUGUUCAUGGUUACCUGAUGGCAGGCGGCAGUAGCACUGCAGUCUGCAAUGCCAAAGGACAGUGGGAUGGCCCUGAUUUGGUGUGCAAAGAAAUAGACUGUGGCAAACCUUUGCUGAUUCCACACACGACAAUGACCUGGGACAACUCUACCACACUGUGGAGCAGAGUGUACUAUCACUGUAAAGAAGGAUAUUAUUUCAAUGGAGACAGGAAUUUUUCAGAAUGCACAAUAGAUCAGUCAUGGGAGAAUAUUACAUAUGUAUGCAAAGAAGAGGAAUUAUUUAGUAAUUUAUCCAUAUUCAAUGAAACAUGUGUGAAGUGGCAAAGGAAAACUGGAAGAUUGGGAGUGCAGGAAACAUACACAUUUCAUAUACUGGGCCAAAGAUUGGAUGAGAAGAUAUUCUCAGAAGAUGUGAUAUUUAACAUCAGUACAAAUGAAAAUAAUCCAAAAGUGUGUUUAGAUCUGGACUCUGGAAGUAACUACAUGGUGAAUAUAACUACCAUUUCUUCUAGAAACAUCACUGUCUCAGUUACAGUAGCAAUUCAAACAAAGGUAAAGGAAGCUUUCAAUAACGUGUUAAUUUUUAAUGAUACCUGCUUGAAAUGGAGGAGAAAUGUCAGGGGAACUGAUGUGGAAGACAGAUACUCAUUUCAUGUGCAAGGCCAGCGUUGGUAUCAGAAGAACUUCUUUCAUGAAAUGACCUUCAAACUUUCCACACACAAGCAAGCUCCUGAAGUUUGUUUAGAUUUGCAACCAGGCACUAAUUACUCUGUUAAUAUUUCCAUGGUAGCUUUGAAUUUUUCACUGCUUGUUUCUAUGACAACACAAAUUACAGAUCCCCCUUUCCCAGAAGUAGAAUUUGUUGCAGUUAAAGGUUCUGCACCUUUGCUCAGACUCCGUAAAGCAGAAGAUCAAAAUGGACCAAUCAGUCUUUAUCAAGUGAUUGUGCUUCCUCUGGAUUUGCAAAGCACUUUUAUUUGCGACUCCUUUGAUGCUACAGCUUUCUUUAGUAACACCACUGACAUUAAAGGAUAUGUGGCAGCUGAAUUUCAGGCGAAGGAUGUUGCUGAUAAUAUGUCAAUUGCUCUUGGAGACAGACAUUAUUAUGGGAAGUUUUAUAAUGCUCCUUUAAAGCUGGGAGAAGAGUAUUGUGUUUUUUUGAAAAUAAUAAGUGAGUGGAAUAAGGUAAGAACACAGUCCUGUGCUGUUUGGGCACAAAUUAAAAAUUUACCACCCACUCUGCAAUACAUGACUGCUGUUGGAUUAGGGUCAGUGGCUGCUGUCUGCCUUAUAUUGUUUGUGUCAUUCUCCAUGGCACGCUCUUGUCUCCACAGCUCAGUGCAUCCCCCACCUGCUGCUGUAGCCUGUGAAGCUGUACAUUUAUCUACCACAGUAGACAUGGCACAAGCAGGGAUUGCAUCAUCAUUCCUAGAGACUGAAAGUGUCUCUCUUCUCUGAUGGUUUAUUCCCUGAAGUCAGCCUAGAAAAAAAAACAUGCUCUUCUUUUGAAGCCAGCAUGUGUCUGGUAUCUGCAUGUCACAAAUGUACUACAGCAUGGACAGUUUAAAUGUGUUUAUCACUGGAGUGAGAUGUUUAUUGUCUUGCCUUAUUCCAGAUGGUGUGGUGUGUAAAGGAGAACCUUCUCUCAUAAGCAGGUUAUCAUGCAUCCCAUGUGUUGGUCACAGUCUUUCAGCUGCAUGAGUGCCUGAUAAUGAGUGCUUGUAUUGUGCUUGAUUACAUGAACAAUCCCCUGAUCCAGUUGAGACUGGAUCAGUUUGAGGAUUAACUGCUACUUUAGAUACCUUUGCACACGUAAACUGGCCUAUUAUGAACAAAAAUACAAACCUACCCUUAUGUGAGGUAAAGUGCAUAUUGUAUUUCCAAUUGCAAAGGUAGAACACUUCUGUCUGUCACUUACAAGCAAACAUCACUUGUUAGCCUUGAAGUUGCCACACUGAAGUAGUGUCAGCAACUUAUGUGUUCCAGAGAUAUUGCAAUCAUUGCUCAUAGCAAUUAGCAGUAAUUGCAAAUAAUAUACCACUCUAUAAAAUUGCAGUUUGCUCAAAAGCUUCUUGCUUUAAUGGCAUGUGAAACUAAUUUAAGGAAGGACUUCCCUGUGUUAAGUGCAGUUUUGUUAAUCUCUGUUCUAUAAUUACAGCUGAGUAAAGCCAUUAAAUCAGUGUUUAGUUAACUGGCUGGUGUCUAACUUCUGGUUAGAGUCACUUAAUAAAGUACAAUUAACCAAUUUCCUAUGGCAUACUCACAGUUAAUACAUUUUUUUCUUCUGUAAGAAAGAAUUAAGUGGCUUUGAUUAUUUCUACUCAUCUUCAGAAGUUUCUUUGUUAUAUGUUAGCAAAAAAGAUGUCAACUAGUGAAAUAAAAAAGCAGGAGUUUUGGUUUUGUGAUUUUUUUUUUUUUCCUGAGUUAUGUGUCGUGUUUUACCACUUUAAAUAUACGCUGCACAUUUUUGUAAUUGUUAAGUUUCUGAAUUGCUAAGAUUCUGAUGCCUACUGCUCUUAUAAUUUUAGAUGUUCUGUCUCUCUAUAACAUGUAAUUAGGGUCUUUUUGGGUUUAAAGUGCAACAGCAGAUUUCAUGGUUAGAAGCAAAGAGGAGUUACAGCCAAAAAGAGUUUUCACUUGCUUCAUCCAGCUGAGAGUGCUUUUUCCAGGUCUGGGUAGAUACCAUUUCUGUUAUCCAACAUUUCCAGAGCUGUCCUUCAGGUUACUAGUUAAUAGCUAAGUAACGCCUUUGUCUACAUUAGGGAUUAAAAGUUGAUAGCAUUUUCUGUUGCUAAUUGAGAAAGAAUAACUAAACUGUUCAUACUAGGAAACCAUGCCUUAAUUUUUCAGUUUCUCAUGUGUAAUUAAUUCACACACAUUCCAUGCCUAAUUCCCUUUCUCAAUGGAAUAGAUUGCAAGGUUUAACAUAGAGUAUGAACUGCAUCACUUCCAGUCUCCUGCUGUUCCGGUCCUCAGAGAGAGUUCAUGAGCAGCUGUUCCUGUGUAAGGGAGAGCUGGAGAGGCUGGAAAUUAUUUAGAGAGGAAGAUGUGCCAUCCUUUGUGAAAAAACUGAACUUCUUUUAAUGCUCUGCUGAAACAACCAGAGUUCCAGUAUGCGACACUUGAUCAGGACUGUAAAGUCCCUCUUGUCAGUGGGUAUAAUUGGAAAACUGGAGGUCUUUGUGUAAUCUUCUGUAGGUUAUUUCUUUUCUGUGUGCCUCUUAUUUACCUAAGUUGCUUUUUCAUAAAGUAAAGUUUUCAGAGCAAAGUUUUUUUCUUACAAAACAUCCAUACUUCUGCUGGUUGUUAGAUAACAUAUUUAAUGACUGAUUUGGUCAUCUCUACACAGUGUAGCUUCUUGAAAUGCCAGAAUGGACUGACAAGGGAGACAAGAUGAGGCAAGGCUCUGUUUCAUCUUCCGUUUUUCACAACAGCUACAGUUCUGCAAGUUUCCCUCAUUCCCUCUGUCUCCCUUGUCACUCUUGGCAGACCUACCUGUGGCUGUGAGCCAUUUUCAUCUGUGUUUAUCUUAUUACUUACUACUUCAUGUGUACUUAUCUUUCUUCAACCUGUAUCUGUUUAACUUAAAUGUAGAAAGGAUAGCAAACUAGUUUAACCUUGCCAUCCUCAGAUAGAUAUGCAAAUGUUAACAGUUUUUUUGUUAGACCCUUGCUUUUCUGCUGAACUGAUUGCAGUGUCAUAACCACAUUCUCAUGUUUCCAGAAAUUCUAGAGACAUUUCUAGUACCUUCAGUUAACACUGAAAUUUGCCCUUUUUUUUCAAUUUUUUCUCUGCUUCCUUGGAUACUUUUUCCACACCCAGGCCAAGUAAGGUUAAUUGAACUGAAUCUACUUUACUUUUACUGCUGAUCUGUACUACUUCAUGGUGCUAUGUUGAAAUGUGCUAUAUUGAGAAACUCAUUGGUUUAUAUCCAUACCAAUGUCUGCACUACAUGCAGAGUGUUUUAAUCCUCUUUAUAGGAAAUAGGAAACUGUUAGUCCUGGAUAAACAAGUCUUGUAAGCUUGAGUGAAACUAUUUUUUCUAUUUUAUUUUAUAAUUGUGAAGUAACACAGGAUACUGUAAAAAUACAACACUUAAGCAAGAAAUUGUGAUGGUAUAUCAAAUAAAAAAGGUUUUAUUGUAAAA